AACUAAUAGCAAUGCUCGAAUUAAAAUGAGACAAAAUUUAAAGGGCAAAAUCAAAAUAAUAGCAAAAUUUUACAAAAGGGCACAAUCGUAAUUUCACAUACCAUCAUCAUCUUCUAUAAACCUCAAUUUUUCGACGACCUUCAGAUCGUGCCAUUUCCAUCUCUCUACUUUCUCUCUCUAAAAAACCUCUCUUUCUCUCUCUAACCUCUUCGCCGGAGAAAUGGAUCCCGUCAACGAGUGGGGAAACACUCCUCUCAAUGUUGUCGACCCACAAAUCCACGACCUAAUCGAGAAAGAGAAGAGGCGUCAAUGCAGAGGAAUCGAGCUAAUCGCAUCCGAGAAUUUCACCUCAUUCGCCGUAAUCGAAGCUCUCGGAAGUGCCCUAACCAACAAAUACUCCGAAGGAAUGCCCGGAAACCGUUACUACGGUGGAAACGAGUUCAUUGACGAGAUCGAGAAUCUUUGCCGAAGCAGAGCCCUUGAAGCUUUCCAUCUCGAUGCAGCGAAAUGGGGUGUCAAUGUCCAGCCUUAUUCCGGUUCUCCAGCUAAUUUCGCUGCUUACACGGCUGUUCUUCAGCCUCACGAUCGUAUCAUGGGUUUGGAUCUACCUUCCGGUGGUCAUCUUACUCAUGGGUAUUAUACCUCUGGUGGUAAGAAGAUCUCUGCUACUUCGAUUUAUUUCGAGAGUUUGCCUUAUAAGGUGAAUCAGAGUACUGGUUAUAUCGAUUACGAUAGGUUGGAGGAGAAAGCUUUGGACUUUAGGCCUAAAUUGAUUAUCUGUGGUGGUAGUGCUUACCCUAGGGAUUGGGAUUACGCCAGAUUUAGGGCUGUUGCUGAUAAGUGUGGUGCCCUUUUGCUCUGUGAUAUGGCUCACAUUAGUGGACUUGUUGCUGCUCAGGAAGCUGCAAAUCCAUUUGAGUACUGUGAUAUUGUCACAACUACAACCCACAAGAGUCUAAGGGGUCCGAGGGCUGGUAUGAUCUUCUACAGGAAGGGUCCUAAACCAGCCAAAAAGGGCCAACCCGAGGAUGCCGUUUAUGACUUUGAAGACAAGAUUAACUUUGCUGUUUUCCCUUCCCUUCAAGGUGGUCCUCACAACCACCAGAUCGGUGCUUUGGCUGUUGCUUUGAAGCAGGCUGCAACCCCGGCCUUCAAGGCUUAUGCUAAACAAGUGAAAGCUAAUGCAGUUGCUCUCGGAAACUUCCUUAUGGCCAAGGGAUACAAGCUUGUCACCGGAGGAACUGAGAACCAUCUUGUUCUGUGGGAUCUCAGGCCUCUCGGUUUGACUGGUAACAAGGUAGAGAAGCUAUGCGAUCUUUGCAACAUUACUGUUAACAAGAAUGCUGUUUUCGGUGACAGCAGUGCCUUGGCUCCCGGUGGUGUUAGAAUUGGUACUCCGGCCAUGACCUCAAGAGGUUUACUCGAGAAGGACUUCGAGCAGAUCGGAGACUUCCUUCACCGGGCCGUGACCAUCACCCUAAACAUCCAGAAACAGUAUGGAAAAUUAUUGAAAGACUUCAACAAGGGUCUUGUGAACAAUAAGGACAUCGAAGAGCUCAAGGUUGAUGUCGAGAAAUUCUCAGCAUCAUUCGACAUGCCCGGAUUCAAGGUUUCCGAAAUGAAGUACCAGGAUUAAGUCUUAUAAUAUGACUUGUUGCACUUGUUAUAAAUAUAUAAAAAUGCCUUUGGAGGCUCAUAAAACUUUUCUCUUUUAUAAUUCAAACCUCUUCUUAAUGCCCUUUUGAAAAGGUUAAAGAGAGUGUUAAGAAAAAGAAAAAGAAGUAAAGAAUCUUCUGGUUUUUUUCAAGUGUUUUCUUAGGUUAUAGAUGUUUUGCAAUUUGUUUGGUUGGUAUGGGUUAUGAGAAUUUGAUAUUACCAUUUUCUCGAUAACUAUUUGUAAUUUUUUUUUGUAUCUCAUGUUUCUUUUAUCAUUGCAAUAAACACAACUAAUGAUGAAUUCUAUAAAA